AUGGCUCUUGCACACCACGUAGACGCUGAAAAGAUCAUUUCCGAAUCUAGAGAUCAUCCCGUUAGAAAACAUACUCAUGAUAGAAAAGCUACACUCCUUGAUAUCCCCUACACAUCUCGAUAUGAUGUUGAGACUGAACUUCCCCGAUUCUCCAUACCCGAAACCGGCGUGAAUGCAAAGGUUUCUUAUCAGCUUUUGCACGAUGAAUUGCUUCUGGAUGGUAAUCCCAACAUGAAUCUUGCAAGUUUCGUUAACACUUGGGUUCCUGAUGAAUGUAAUCGAUUGAUGUAUGAGAAUCUUAACAAGAAUCUCGUCGAUCAAGAUGAAUACCCAGCUGCUCAAGCUAUUCACGAAAGAUGUAUCUCUAUGAUCUCCCACCUAUGGCAUGCACCUAAAGACGCUACUGCCCUUGGUACCGCUACUACCGGUUCGUCCGAAGCUAUCAUGUUAGGAGGUAUGGCUAUGAAGAAACGAUGGCAGGAAAAGAUGAAGGCUGCUGGUAAAGAUAUUCACAACCCCGGUCCUAAUAUUGUUAUGGGUGCAGAAGCUCAAGUCGCCCUUGAAAAAUUCGCUAGAUACUUCGAAGUAGAGGACAGAUUGGUCCCUGUUCACGCUGAGUCUGGCUAUGUUAUGGACCCUAAAGAAGCCAUGAAAUACGUCGAUGAGAAUACUAUUGGUAUCUUCGUCAUCAUGGGUUCAACUUACACUGGUAGCUUCGAAUCGGUCAAGGGCAUGUCCGAUGAAUUAGAUAAAUAUCAAGAGGAAACCGGAAUAGAUAUCCCAAUCCACGUUGAUGCCGCUUCCGGAGGUUUCGUAGCACCGUUUGUCUACCCCGACCUCGCAUGGGAUUUCCGAAUCCCUCGAGUCAACUCCAUCAACGCUUCUGGACACAAAUAUGGUCUUGCAUCCGUUGGUCUCGGUUGGAUCAUUUGGAGAAGCGCAGAAUAUCUGCCCAAGGAAUUGAUUUUCGAAUUGCACUAUCUUGGUCAAACCGAUUAUUCUUUCAACUUGAAUUUUAGUAGACCAGCUUUCCCUGUCUUGAGUCAAAUGUUCCAUUUCCUCAAUCUUGGUUUCUCGGGAUACAAACGAAUCAACGAGAACAACCUGUCCAAAGCUAGACUCAUUUCUCGAGCUCUUGAAGCAUCAGGUUAUUUCACUUGUUUAUCUAUGAUUCACAAACCUGUCAACCAAGGGUUAUCCAAUAUCUCCCCCGUGAUCACCACAGCAGCAAGCAAUGUCAUUCAUGGACAUUUGCCCGAAAUCGAUGAUCCAAACUACUACGUUGCAGGUCUACCCGUCUGUGCUUUCAAAUUCACUGAUGAGACCAAACAGAAGUAUCCUAAUGUCAAGCAAGAGUGGAUCCAAAGUCAAUUAAGAGCAAUUGGUUGGAUCGUACCCAACUACCCUCUUCCCCCAGCUGAAGAUAAGAGCGAAAUUCUGCGAGUAGUAGUUCGAGAAUCACUCUCCGGAGAUUUGGCAAGAAAAUUAAUCCUUGAUAUCAUUUCAGUAACCGAAGGACUCAUCAAUGGUUCAGGACCAUCCUUCGCUAUGUCAGUGGCGGCCCGAGGACAGAGUAUUAGCUCGCCCACCACUGCCAAGAGAGGCGACACUCUCGAUACUGAUCACAUCGCUGAUCACACCAACACCUACGCCAAGACCUGUUAA